CGAGUUAACGCGAGAUUAUGUUUCCAACGUAAACUAAAUUGCAAGCUAUAAAAUUAAUAACCAAAAAAUAUCAAUGAUUUAAAUACUUAAAGGUUGAGAGUCAAACAUUAGAAAGAUGGAUUUUCAAGGACUGCCACAAGAUUUUGGCAUGCCACUGCUUGAUGGGGAUGAUUUCUUUAAGAAUCUUGAUACCAUGGAACAAGACUUUAUGAUUGAGGGAGAAAUUGCCGACUAUGAUGAGGAUGGUGAACUUGAUCUUGGCGGAUCGGAAGGAGAUGAUGAUGAAACAUAUAUUGAAUCCCCAGAUUACCCAGAUACCCCAGAUGAGAGAUUGUCUCGGCAGGAACAAUUACGUAUGAUGCAUUUACGAAGUCAUCUCAACCAGUUAACAGAAAAAGUGAAACAUCACCAGUAUAUGACAGAAAAAACAAGAGAUGAGAUGAAGCAGUGUCGUAGUAAGAUUUCAGAGCUAGAGGCAGAAAGGAACCAGGUCAGAGAUGAAAUACAACAGAAAGAAUCAACCGGGAACCAAUCAGCUGUUUACAGACUUAGAGCUCAGCAUGACAGAUUGAGUCAAGAGAUCUUGGACGAGAAACAAAUAGAGAAACUUAUCUCUGACAGGCUAGAUAAAGAAGAAUAUGAGCUUAAUAAGGUUGAAGUUGAAAGAGGUAAAUUCCUAUUGGCCGAAGAUGAGCUUGUAAAGAAAGAGGACAGAUUAGCUAAAGAAAAAACAGAUCUUGCUAUUCGUAGACUACGGAAAGAAGAGAGAAAAGCCUUCCAGGCAGAGAAAAAUAUGAGAAAUAAACAACGACUCCAGCAAGAAAUCAUGAAGGAGAGGCAGAGACAGUCAGAAUACAGAGCAAAUAAUGCUAAAGAAAGUCAGCAGAAACAUAGAAAAUUUGUUGAUGAUACUAUGAAUAAGAUGAAACAACGCCAAGAAGAGGAAAAUCAGCGUUAUAAGCAAAACAUGCAGACAAAAAUGGACAUGCUACUGAAGUUAAAGAGUGAUAUCACUGCAAACAGGGAGAACAAAAAAGCUCUCCGUGGGAAAAAGCUCCCAGAAGAAGAGGGGCCAGAAAUUGAACAAAUUCGUCAAAAAAUUUUGGGGAAGGGAGGCAACCGAAAAGAUUUUUUCUUAUAAAAAACGUAUAAGUGUUUUGAAAAAAAAAAAUUUCGUAAGAACUUUGAAAAUGAACAGAAGGAAAAGCAGGCAAGUGUGAUGGAAAAGAUACUGAUUGAGGAGGAAAGAAUGCGUCGUAGAAAGCAACAGCAACCGUUACUCUGGGAUGAUCCUCAACGUGAAAAAACAAAGAUACUUGGACCACCUAAGAAGAGGCCGCUGAAAACAUUUCAAGAAUACACCAAGAUGAGUGUAGAAGAAGAUCUUAAGUUAAAUCUCAGAGAUUCAUUAGACGAGAAUAUUUUUGAGAAACUGGAUGAUGAGAAAUUAGAUACAGCAGAUACUGACAUGCAUGAAAAGAUUGUUCCACAAAGGGAAGUCGAGAGCAGUGACUCCAGUGAUGAUGAAGAUAUUGGCGAGAAUGCCGUGGACCUGGCAAAACCGGAGUUUGAGGGAUUAUGGGACCAUCAUAAACCUUAUAAAGUACCAAAAGAUACAGAGUCAUCUCCCCUGAAAACUCUUGGUGCCUCAAAAAUGGACAAGGCAAUUUUAAAUCAAGUUUUGGAGAAGCACCGCGCGGGUAUUGUAGUGAAGCAGGUUGCUGCAGGGAGAGAGUUUUCGGGGUGUCCGUUCUAUAGUAAACCUGACGUUAUCCAUUUCAAGGAUUUUGACGUUGGUAAAUCAUACAAGAAGAAAGUUACGCUCACCAACGUGUCUUAUACGGUGAACUACUGUAAAUACAUAGACAUAACUGAACGUCUCAAAGAUUUCAUUAACAUCCAUUUUGAUCCACCUGGACAGAUGUCUGCUGGUCUUACAUGUGAAAUGUUGGUUUCAUUUAAACCGAUGAUAAAUGAGGACCUAGAAGGUGAAGUGAAGUUUCUCUCACAGACUGGGCCAUUUUCCAUUCCGCUGAAAUGCACAACAAAAAAAUGUGAUUUGUCAGUUGACAUGGAUACCAUACAGUUUGGUACAACAGUCAUAGAUGAAACGCUCAAGAGAACAUUCACCCUGACAAACAAAGGAGCCCUCGGCACAACUUUUGAGUUCUUUAAACUCACAGGAAUGAAAGCAAAGACAGCUACAAGUGCCCAAACCUCUCUUGGAAGAAUGACAACAGGUAAUGAGUCUACACAGCCGUUGAGUCCCGAACCCACUGAGGUUGAUAAAUCGAAGAAAGAGACUACAAUAGAGAAAAAAACUGACGCUGAAACAUCGAAAGGUGGUGAAGAAAGUCAGGUUGUGACCUCUGAAGGUCAGGAGGGUACCCAAGAAGGUCAAACUGAAGGUCAAGCUGAAGAAGGUGAAGCCGAGGAAAAUGCCUCACCAGACCUUGCUGUCAGUGAAAUGGACGACUAUGGUUCCCUGGAUGGAAUGAAAGCCGGGCCCAUUUCUGCAGGGGAAAUUGGACCAUUUGCGUCUACAAAACUUGAAAUUAUUUGGAACCCCUCUCUCCCAGGAAAAGUUGACUCUGAGUUUCUUAUCACCUUCAAUGAUCCGUUGUCAGAAAGUAUACCUGUUCGAGCUCUAGGAAAUGCUAUAGAUGUGCCUGUAUGGGUGGAAAGACAGACUGUGGACCUGAAAAUAUGUUUGUUUGACAGAUUGUAUCAGGAUACCAUUCUAGUGAAAAACAGGGCUACAACAGCACUGCGCCUGAAGUUCGAAGUUUGCAAAGAGCUAAGAAAUCAUCUUGAGCUUUUACCAAAGACAGGGUAUAUCCAGGCACAGUCACAGUUCUCUGCACAACUUAAAUUCUUACCCAGGCAAAGUCUAUUUGAAGAAGGGGGCAAAUAUUUUGACAAGGAAACAGGAGUGUUGGAAGCGCCUAUGACAAUCAGAGUAGCUGAUCAGACUGCUCCAGUGCCGUUUACAGUGACUGCUGUGGUUACAAACUCGGACAUGGUGUUCGAUACAACAGAUAUUAACUUUGGAGACUGUACGAUCUACGAAUCUACAAAAACUACAAUCAAGCUUACUAAUAAAUCAAUUUUACCACAGGAGUUUGGUUUUGUUGGUCAUCCUGAGUAUGUAGAGGUACAGCCAAAUGACGGGUUCGGAACAUUGUUGCCACUAGAAACGAUAGAGCUAGAAGUUAUUUUUAGCCCGAAAAAGGCCAGAGACUACAAGUUUGAACUUAACUGCAAGUCUCUGAUAAAUAGAGAAUUUAAAAUUCAGUGUAAAGGCGUUGGCGUUCUCCCACCAUUGGAUCUUUCACACCAAGUGAUCCAUUUUGCCGCCACGUCUCUUUACGAUGUGUCUACAGCCGGACUUCAUGUGAUCAACUCUCACACCAGCAUGAACGAGUUUACACACCCUGUUCCUAGAAUUGGAAAAGGAGAAAUUGCACCUGUUGGUCCGACUUCAUUUGAAUUUGUGGUACCAGAAGGUGCACCUGUUACAAUAUCGCCAUCUGUUGGGACUAUCCAGCCAGGGGAGAAAACCAGAGUACAGAUACGUUUUGCACCGACAUUGAAUGAAGAUGAAAUACGUACUGAGGCUGUUAGAAUGGCCACGCGGCAGAUGGAGCUGCAGGCAGAUAAAGAGUAUAAAGAGGCAUUAAAACGGCAAAAAGAAGCGGAGGAAGCCCAGACACCAAAAUUUAGAGUGAGAGGAAAAUACCAGAAAUCAGCUCCUGCAGCCGGGAAGAAAGGUGCUGCCCCGCCUAAAGGAGGGCCUCCUAAAGGUAAACAAACUCCUGGAAACACUAUGCUGACAGUGACGGGGCCAACCCCUGUAGUCCCCCCUAAACCGGAGGAUAUUACCAAAGAUUCUUCAGCCUAUGCAGCAGCUGUUGGAUCCCUGUUACGACAGUUUAAGGGUAAAUUUCAGUCAUUGACGGUACCAUGUUACGUUGCGUCUGGUGAAACUACAAACCCUGGAGAGCUUCCUUACAGCACCAGUAACACGCUAUAUCUGGAAAUCCACUGCCCAGCAGUGAAGCCCCCUCUGGUGGUCAUUUCUGAUAGCGGAAGGACAGUCACAGACUUUGGUGAAGUAUCCCUAGGACAGAAUAUAUUCAAGUCUAUUACCAUACAGAAUAUUUCAAACAGGACUCAGGAGUUAUCAGCAACUGCAUUAGAUACUAUGGGUCCAUUUCAAGUGAUGAAUGCAUUUAGAGUUCUUCCCCCUGAUGCAACACAUACAAUGUUAGUUUCAUUUACUCCAAGUGCUGGCAGAGUGUUUCAAGAAACUCUUAGUAUUAGUUGCCUAACUGCCCAGUUACACAUCAACCUGGUUGGUAAAGGAGUGAGCCCCCUUAUCAGUUUGUCACCUGCUAUAGCAGAAGACGGUGUCAUGGAUAUGGGGGCUGUUCUUGCAGGAGAGUACAUAGAAAAAACAUUUAAGAUGCAAAACACCUCUUCGUUAUCGAUAGAUUAUUCUAUACGAUUGGAGAGCCUGUCUUUAUUACGGCAUGCCCACGCUCAAGAACUGCCAAAAUUCCUCGAUGGCAAAUCUAAAACACUUGUAGGGGUGCAGAACAAUAAUGGUCAAAAUGUAUUUGAUCUUGUACCAGCGGAAGGGACUAUAGUUCCAGGAGGAAAUGUUGAGAUUACCGUGACCUUUGCCCCUGAUCAUGCCAGUGACAACUAUUCAGAUGGGGUUAAAAUAGAAUUAUUUGGAAAGGAGGAAUGUCAAGCGUUCCAGAUAAAGGGCAUUUCUAAGCAACGCAUCAUGUUUUUAGAGGGCGGCGACCCAAUUAAACCAGAACUUGAAUCUCUUGCUGUGAAACCUUUACCACAAUUGGACGAGGAAGAUCUUAGACUGCAGUUGCCAACAGUUUUAAUGACGUUCAGAUCCGUGGCUAAAGACGAUGCAUACCAGCCUGCCAGUAGAGAUAUUAUGAUUGGCUGUGUUAGAACCAUGGCCGUUAGUCAGAAAAAGGAUCCACCAAAACCAGGAUAUCGGGAUAAGGCAAUACGGAAUGGUGAAUUUUCGUUUGAAAAUGUUCAACUGAUAGCACCAAAAGGCUUUACGAUUGAGCCACAGAAGGGCAUGGUAGAGGCUGGUAUCUUGAAGCCUGUAACUAUAACAUGGACGCCACCUGCUGGAUA